GCGCACCAUGGAAAGGCUGUUUCAUACGGGAAGGAGGAAAGCAGACCAGCCGAGUCAACGCCCAAAUGUAGCGCAACAGUUAAAAGAUGUUGCUAGGUGUGGUCCUGAGUAUAAAUACAACUGAAAACUCCCCUUCUGCUCGCUUGCUGUUCACUCGGUCUUGGUUGAGCUGUUGAGUUCCAGGUGCCAAAAUGUCAGCCGUCAGUUCUUUUCUUCAGCAGCUUGUCUACCAGGGCAUGCAAGAUAACACAGUACAAGACUUCACAGAGGGGCAGGGCACAGUGAAACCUUUUGCUCAGUUCAGUGCAGCUGCAGAUGCAGGCAUCCUGGACAAGGCUAUCAAGGCAAAAGGUGUGGAUGAGGCCACGAUCAUUGAAGUGCUGGUCCGCAGAAGCAAUGCCCAGCGCCAGCAAAUCAAGGCUGCUUACCAGCAAUCUGCCAGCAAGCCUCUGGAUGUAGCCUUGAAAGCUGCUCUUAAAGGUGAGCUGGAAGAAGUGGUUCUGGGCCUGUUGAUGACUCCAGCUCAGUAUGAUGCCUUUAUUCUCCAUGGUGCCAUGAAGGGUUUGGGCACAGAUGAAGAUACACUUGUCGAGAUUUUGGCCUCCAGGACCAAUAAAGAGAUCCGAGAGAUUAAACAGGCUUACAAACAAGACUAUAAGAAGGAUCUGGACGCAGCAAUCAAGUCUGAGACAAGUGGAGACUUCAGAAAUGCCCUGCUUUCUCUCUGCAAGGGUACCAGAAGUGAAGACAGGGCUGUGGAUGAGACCUUGGCUGACAAAGAUGCCAGGGCUUUGUAUGAGGCAGGAGAGAAAAGGAAAGGCACAGACUGUGCCACGUUCAUUGACAUCCUGACCUCACGCAAUCCUUCUCACCUGAGAAGAGUUUUCCAGCUGUACUCCAAGUACAGUAAAGUGGAUGUCGCAAAAGCCCUUGAUCUGGAGUUGAAGGGUGAUAUUGAGAACUGCUUGAUUUCUGUUGUGAAAUGUGCUGGAAACAAAUCUGCAUUCUUUGCUGAGAAACUAAAUCAGGCAAUGAAGGGCUCUGGUUAUAAAGGCAAGAUCUUGACCAGAAUAUUGGUGAGCCGCUCUGAGAUUGACUUGGCCCACAUCAAGCAAGAGUACCAGAAAAUAUUUAGCAAGAGCCUCUAUCAGGACAUCCAGGAUGACACCAAAGGAGACUAUGAGAAGAUCCUGCUAGCCUUGUGUGGCAAUUAAUUGGUGUCAGUAAUGAAUGUAUACAGAUGAAGACCCACCAACUAUCAAUAUAUGAACUAUACACCAUAUAUAAGCAACUGUAAUGGAGUAGAAAUAAAAAAAACAUUUUUGAUAAAUAAAAACUUGACUAAAUGUAUAUGUCUGUGUAAAUUUAUGCAAAGCUUCUAAAGUGGUAUGGUGCAUCUAUUAAUUUUUAAAGUCAUGUUGACUCUGAAAAACAAAUAAAAAACAUGCUCAAAAUGGAA